AUGGUGUUCAUAUACACAUAUCGCAAAAUCAAAGAAUAUAGGGCGCGGAAGGCCCAAGAAGCGAGUGCUCCUAACUCAGUCCCUGAGUCAAAGCAGAAAUGCCCGCAAUGUGUACAGGACAAGAGCACUGCGCGCAAAUACCGAUGGAAGCUUCUCUUUUGUCUCGUGCCCGCCUUUUUCGUAUCCAGUCUCGACUUGACGAUUGUUGCAACAGCUCUUCCUCAAGUCGCGUCCCACUUCAACAAAUUUAACCAGUUGAACUGGAUCGUCACCGCAUUCACAUUGACGUCGACCGCCUUCAUUCCCCUAUGGGGUCAAUUGGCAGACAUCUUUGGACGACAUUCAUCCCUCCAGUGCGCCGUUGUGCUUCUCACCAUUGGCAGCGUUCUCUGUGCAGCAGCCCCGGACUGGGCUGUUCUGCUGCUAGGCCGAGCUUUGCAAGGUGUGGGCACGGCCGGAAUCUCGAAUGUGGUCAUGAUCGUUCUCGCGGAUCAGGUGUCGCUGCGCGAGCAAGCUGUCAACACCAGUAUCUUCCAGCUAAUGAAUGGAGUGGGUUACAGUGUUGGCCCAGUCAUUGGCGGCUAUCUCACCAAUACCAACUGGCGGUAUUGUUUCGUCCUCUGCGCCGGCAUGUCGGUCGUGAGCGUCCUCACAAUCUCCAUAUUACGCAAAGACCUGAAGCCAGGCCGAGUCUCGUUGUCGCGACCACCGGCCGGACAAUCCCGUCUGCAGGCCUUCACCACGGGUAUCUCGACCCUCGACUUUGGUGGCAUCUUUUUGUUUAUCGUCGGUGUCGGGCUGGUCAUUCUGGGCACAGCCUGGGGCGGCUCGACGUACCCAUGGCGAUCUGCAGCGGUGAUAUCAAGUCUGGUGAUUGGAGCGAUCCUGUGUCUGGUCUUCCUCGCCUACGAAGCCCUUCUGGCGCCUACGCGGCUGCUGAACCGUCUCUUCCCCAAGACGGUCCCGAUGAUUCCCAGCUCGGUCCUGGCCUCCAAGGACGUCAGUCUGAUCUGCGCCCUUGCCGCCUCGGCCGGUUCGGCACUCUAUUCCGUCUUUUAUUUCAUUGGCAUCUACUUUACCGUCGUCGAGGGCGACAAGGCCAGCCACGCCGGCACCCAGCUGCUCUACUACGUCCCAGGGCUCGGGGUCGGCGUCUACAGCGCCGUCUACGUCUGCAAUGUGCGGCCGCGCCAGACGUUCUGGCCGUUGCUCGUCGGCACCGUCAUCGAAACGGCAGGCAUCUCCACCCUAGCGUACGCGGUCAAAUCGCGCAACGCCACUUUGGUGAAUGUCAUGAUGGUCGUGGCUGGCGCCGGCACAGGCCUGCGAUUCAUGCCCUCGAACCUGCAUUUGGCCGGCAUGUUCCGCGACCGCCUGGCCCCGGUGUACAGUCUGUUGCGCUUCUCCAUGCCCUUCGGCGGCACCCUGGCCCUGACCAUCAUGGGCUCGGUUUUCCAGAACCAAAUGAGCGACUACUUUGGCUCAAGCACCGUCAAGUCCGGCAGCAACACUGCCGAUGUCUCGUUCAACAUGCAUAACAACGACUCUCUCGACGCCAUCAGCAAGCUCCCGCCUGCCGAGCAGUUGGCCAUCCGGAAACAGGGCGCCACCGCCACCAUGUGGGCGUUUGUUUCCAUCUUGCCCAUCUUGGGCCUGAGUAUCUUUGCCAGCGCCGCGCUCGGAAAUGUCUGGAUAUCCAAGAACCACAAGCCUGUCAAGAACGACACCGAGGCGGAGGCAGCGGCAGCAGCACGCCGCGAGUCAGACGCCCGGCCAGAUGGCCUCUGUCGCAUACAUGCAAAUGAUCUCAGCGAGGAUGGCGCUCCUAACACAACCGAGAUCCUCACCUCAAGCUAUCUGCUAGCUUUGUUCCGUGGCAAUGUGCAGCAAUUGAAGAGGCCGGGACCUUCAGGCUCCGACAACCAUGGAGCCCAGGCUCGGGACGACAGAAUCGUGCCAAAUGGCUCGUUUGAUCAGGUCGAGCCCAGAGAGUCCAUGCGCAUGGUGUCGAAAGUCACUACUGAAAAGAAGCCAGGCGUCUGA